CGGCCCCCAGGCAACCGGCACAACACAACAAAAUGGCUGCCGCGCCGCUAGGCACCUGAAGGGAACGACAGGGCCAUCUCCGCCCGGCCUUGUCCCACGCGCCCGCUCCGCUUGGCUUCUCCGCACUGAGUGCCAGGUGCGGUCGAAGGUGUUUUCCCGCAUCACAGAGACUGCACGGUGGGAGCCCGCGGUUUUGGUGGACUCUUGGCUUUUUUCUUGCAAUGAGGAAAGGCUCUCAGCAAAAAAUUUCCAAACCAAAGAUGCCAUUAUCAUCUAUGGCCAAUAUGAGAUCCAGGUCACUCUCACCGUUAGGAGGAUCUGAAAUUCUGCCUUUUCAUUCUGGAGGACAGUCGUGUAAGCAAGUCGGGAUUGCAGAUGAAAACACUAUACUUUUGAACUACCAAGACCAUAAAGAAGCUGAUUCACAUGCAGGAGUCCGAUAUAUUACAGAAGUCCUUAUUAAGAAACUUACUAAACAGGAUGAUUUGGCCUUGGUAAAAUCUCUGAACCUUUCACUUUCUAGAGAUGGUGGCAAGAAAUUUAAGUAUAUCGAAAAUUUGGAAAAAUGUGUUAAACUUGAAGUACUGAAUCUCAGCCAUAAUCUAAUAGGGAAGAUUGAGAAGCUGGAUAAACUGUUAAAAUUACGUGAACUCAACUUAUCAUAUAACAAGAUCUGCAAAAUUGAAGGCAUAGAGAAUAUGUAUAAUCUGCAAAAGCUAAACCUUGCGGGAAAUGAAAUUGAACAUAUUCCAGCAUGGUUUGGGAAGAAGUUAAAAUCCUUGCGAGCCCUCAAUCUGAAAGGCAACAAGAUAUCAUCGCUUCAAGAUGUAAGCAAGUUGAAACCACUUCAAGAUUUGACUUCUCUGAUCCUAGUUGAAAAUCCAGUUGUUGCCCUUUCUCAUUACUUCCAGUUUACCAUUUUUCACCUCCGUUCACUGGAAAGCUUGGAAGGUCAGCCAGUAACCACUCAAGACAGACAGGAAGCUUUUGAGAGAUUCAGUUUGGAAGAAGUAGAAAGACUAGAAAGAGACCUGGAAAAAAAGAUAACGGAAAUUGAAGAGCUUAAGAGCAAACAAACAAAGUUCCUGGAAGAAAUUAAAAAUCAAGAUAAAUUGAACAGAUCAUUAAAAGAGGAGGCCGUGUUACAAAAACAGAGUUGUGAGGAGCUAGAGAGUAACCUAAACACUAAAAAUGAAUUGCUAAAACAGAAGACCAUGGAACUAACGCGAGCAUGUCAGAAACAGUAUGAGCUGGAACAGGAAUUGGCCUUUUAUAAAAUUGAUGCUAAAUUUGAGCCACUAAAUUACUAUCCAUCAGAGUAUGUUGAAGUUGAUAAAACCCUGGAGGAAAGCCCCUAUAUUGGCAAAUCCAGAUACAAGAGAAAUAUGUUCACCAGAGAGAGUUACAUUAUCGAUAAAGCCCAGCCAAUAGAGAUCAAGAAGGUGGAGCCAAGUGAAGGGGAACAACCUAGAAAUGGACAGAAGAACUUGAGAGCUCAUAUGCCACUGGACAUACAACUGGAAGACAAAGAAAGAAAAAUAAAUGCAGCACAAACUCGACUCUCAGAACUGCAUGAUGAAAUAGAAAAGGCAGAACAACAAAUCUUAAGAGCAACUGAAGAAUUUAAGCAACUGGAAGAAGCUAUACAGCUUAAAAAAGUUUCAGAAGCAGAGAAAGACCUUCUUUUCAAGCAGUUGAGUGGUAGGAUACAACUUCUAAAUAAAUUACGCCAAGAAGCUCUGGAUCUAGAAGUGCAGAAGGAUAAGCAAAAGCAAGAAAUUGCUGAAAAACAGAAGGAGAUUCAGGACUUGCAAAUGGUCCUAGAUAGCUUGGAUUCUGAAGACCCAAAACAUUGCCAUAUGAAGGCUCAGAAAAGGGGUAAAGAACAACAGCUUGACAUUAUGAACAAGCAGUACAAACAACUUGAAAGCCGUUUGGACGAAAUACUCUCUAGAAUUGCUAAAGAAACUGAAGAGAUUAAGGAUCUUGAACAGCAGCUUACUGAAGGCCAGAUAGCAGCAAAUGAAGCCCUGAAAAAGGAUUUAGAAGGUGUCAUCAGCGGGUUGCAAGAAUACCUAGGGACUAUCAAAGGCCAGGCAACUCAAGCUCAGAAUGAGUGCAGAAAGCUACAAGAAGAGAAAGAGACAUUGCUGCAGAGACUGACCGAGGUUGAGCAAGAGAGGGACCAGCUGGAAAUAGUUGCCAUCGAUGCAGAAAAUAUGAGGAAGGAGCUUGCAGAGCUAGAAAGCGCCCUCCAGGAGCAGCACGAGGUGAAUGCAUCCCUGCAGCAGACCCAGGGAGAACUCAGUGCCUAUGAGGUUGAGCUAGAGGCUCAGCUAAAAAUACGGGAGGCUGAAGCCAACCAGCUCAAGGAAGACUUGGAAAAACUAACAAGGCUCAACCAGUUAGAACAAUUAGCCCUUCAAGCAGAACUCGAGAAGGAAAAGCAAGCCCUCAAGAGUGCCCUCGGAAAAGCCCAGUUCUCAGAAGAAAAGAACCAAGAAAACAGGGAGCUUCGCAUGCAACUUAAACAGCUGCAGGAUGACAAUAACCUGUUAAAACAGCAACUUAAAGAUUUCCAGAAUCACCUUAACCGUGUGGUUGAUGGUUUGAUUCGUCCAGAAGAAGUGGCAGCUCGUGUGGAUGAGCUACGGAGAAAUCUGAAAUCAGGAGCAGGGGAGAUGAGGAGCUGUAGUCCUUCAGAUGUCUUAGGGAAAAGUCUUGCUGACUUGCAGAAACAAUUCAGCGAAAUCCUUACAUGCUCCCAGUGGGAAAGAGAGGAAGCACAAGUGAGAGAGAGAAAACUCCAAGAAGAAAUGGCUCUGCAACAAGAGAAACUGGCAAAUGGACAAGAAGAGUUCAGGCAGGCCUGUGAGAGAGCUCUUGAAGCAAGAAUUAAUUUGGAUAAGAGGCAACAUGAAGCAAGGAUCCAGCAGUUGGAGAAUGAGAUUCAUUAUUUACAAGAAAAUCUAAAAAGUAUGGAGGAAAUCCAAGGCCUUACAGAUCUCCAACUUCAGGAAGCUGAUGAAGAGAAGGAGAGAAUUCUGGCCCAACUCCAAGAGUUAGAGAAAAAGAAGAAACACGAAGAUGCCAAAUCUCAGGAGCAGUUCCUUGGUUUAGAUAAAGAAUUAAAGAAACUAAAGAAAGCUGUGGCUGCCUCUGAUAAGCUAGCCACAGCUGAGCUCACCAUUGCUAAAGACCAGCUGAAGUCCCUUCAUGGAACUGUUAUGAAAAUUAACCAGGAACGAGCAGCGGAGUUGCAGGAAACAGAAAGGUUCAGCAGAAAGGCAGCCCAGGCGGCCAGGGAUCUGACCCGAGCGGAAGCAGAGAUUGAACUCCUGCAAGAUCUUCUCCAGGAUAAAGAGGAACAGUUUCUCGUUGAGCUGGAGAAAGCAGAGACAGGCACUAGAGGAGCAGACUCACGGGUGCUCGAAGUCGAGAAGCUGAACGAGACCCUGGAGAGACAACGGACAGAGACCGCGAGGCUGCGGAAGUUACUGGACCUCGCCGGUCCCGAUAACAAAGGAAGCUUUGAAAAUGUUCUGGAAGAAAUUGCUGAACUUCGACGUGAGGUUUCUUAUCAGAAUGAUUACAUCAGCAGCAUGGCAGAUCCUUUCAAAAGACGGGGCUGUUGGUACUUUAUGCCUCCACCGCCAUCAUCAAAAGUUUCCAGCCACAGUUCACAGGCCACCAAGGACUCCGGUGUUGGCCUGAAGUACACAGCCUCAACUCCUAUUAGAAAACCACCUGCCUCAGGAUACUGGGUUUAUUCUCCCAUCCGGAGUGGGUUACGUAAAUCGUUUUCAAAGAGAGAUGCAGACAGUGGAGGAGAUAGUCCGGAAGAGAGUGACCUGGAUGACCCAGAGGACCCCCAGUUUGUGCCUCCUCCUGGAUACAUUAUGUACACCGUGUUUCCUGAUGGUUCUCCCGUGCCCCAGGGCAUGGCCCUGUAUGCACCGCCGCCUCCCUUGCCCAGUGAUAGGCAACCUCUCACCCCUGGCACCGUUGUUUAUGGCCCACCUCCUGCUGGGGUUCCCACUGUUUGUGGACCUCCACCCCCCAACUUCUCCAUCCCCCUCAUCCCUGUAGGCCUGCUGCACUGCAACGUCCCGGAACACCAUAACUUAGAGAGUGAAGUUUCUAGAUUGGAAGACAUAAUGCAGCAUUUAAAAUCAAAAAAAUGGGAACAGUGGAUGAGAGUAUCCAAGCGGCAACCUGAGAAAGAAAUGGAAGAACUGCAUCAUAAUAUUGAUGGUCUCUUGCAAGAGAAGAAAGACUUAGAACAUGAAGUAGAAGAAUUACAUAGAACCAUUCAGAAGCAUCAACACCGAAAAGACUUCAUUGAUGGAAAUGUGGGGAGUCAUAUGAAUGAACUAGAAAUAGAAAAAUCAUUCAAACACCAUGAAGAUAUUGUAGAUGAAAUUGAGUGCAUUGAGAAAACUCUUCUGAAACGUCGAACAGAACUCAGGGAAGCUGACCGACUGCUGGCAGAAGCUGAGAGUGAACUUUCAUGCACAGAAGAGAAAUUUCUUUUCCAGACAAAAAAUGCUGUCGAAAAGUUCACCGAUGCCAAGAGAAAUUUAUUGCAAACCGAGAAAGAUGCCGAGGAAUUAGAAAGGAGAGCUCAGGAGACUGCUAUUAACCUUGUCAAAGCCAACCAGCAACUCAGAUUGAUCCAGGCUGACACAAAGGAUUUGGAGCAACACAAAAUUGAACAAGAAGAAAUCCUGAAAGAAAUAAACAGAGUUGUUGCAGCAAAAGACUCAGACUUCCAGUGUCUAAACAAGAAGAAGGAAAAACUGACUGAAGAGCUGCAGAAACUGCAAAAAGACAUCGAGACUGCAGAACGCAAUGAGGAUCACCACCUGCAGGUCCUUGAAGAGUCAGAGACCCUUCUGCAGGCCAAGAGGGCCGAGCUGGAGAAGCUGAAAAGCCAGGUGACGGCUCAGCAGCAGGAGAUGGCAGUCUUGGACAGGCAGUUAGGGCAUAAAAAGGAGGAGCUGCACCUACUCCAAGAAAGCAUGGUCCAGGCCAAAGCUGACCUCCAGGAAGCUCUGAGUCUGGGAGAAACUGAGGUGGCUGAGAAGUGCAGUCAUAUCAGGGAAGUAAAAUCUCUUCUGGAAGAACUGAGUUUUCAGAAAGGAGAACUGAAUGUGCAGAUUAGUGAAAAAAAAACUCAACUUAUUCUCAUAAAGCAGGAAAUUGAAAAAGAAGAAGAAAAUCUUCAGGUAGUUUUAGGGCAAAUGUCUAAACAUAAAACUGAACUAAAGAAUAUUCUGGACAUGUUGCAACUUGAAAACAGUGAGCUACAAGGCUUGAAGCUACAACAUGACCAAAAAAUGUCUGAGUUAGAGAAGACUCAGGUUGAAGUGCUGGAGGCGAAACUGGAGUUAGAGAAUUUGCAGCAGGCAGCCCUGCGACAGAAAGGGGAAACAGAGUGGCAGAAGCAGCUCCUCGAGAGGGACAGACGGGAAGUAGAGCGAAUAACUGCUGAGACCCGAGCAUUACAGUCAUGUAUUGAGUCUCUGUGUAAAGAAAAGCAAGAUCUCAAAGAGGAAUGUGACAGCUGGGAAAAGAAGGUGGCACAAACCAAACGGGUUUUAGCAGCUACAGAAGAGAACAGCAAAAUGGAGCAAUCGAACUUGGAGAAGCUGGAAUUGGGUGUCAGAAAGCUGCAGCAGGAUCUAGACCGCUCAAACCGAGACAAGCUGUCCCUUCAGAAAGACGUGGCAGCCGUGCAGCAGCAGCUCCGAGAAAAACGAGAGGCACUAAACUCACUACAGGAAGAACUGGCUGAUGUCCAAGACCAUUUGAACCUAACAAAACAGGACCUGCUCCACACCACCAAGCAUAAGGACGCACUGCUCAGUGAGCAGACCAGGCUGCAGAAGGACAUCAGUGAGUGGACAAAGAGGUUCGAAGACUGCCAGAGAGAAGGGGAGACAAAGCAGCAACAGCUUCAAGUGCUCCAGAAUGAGAUUGAAGAAAACAAAGCCAAACUAGCCCAACAAGAAACGAUGUUUCAAAGACUCCAGAAAGAGCAAGAAAGCGAAGAAAGAAAAUUAGAAGCCAGGAAAGUGACACUGAAGGAGCAGCAGCACCAGCUGGAAAAGGAAUUAACAGACAAGAAAAUCAAACUGGACCAGGUGCUCACAAAGCUGUUGGUGGCAGAAGAGCGUGUCAGGACCCUGCAGGAAGAGGAAAGGUGGAAUGAGGCCCUGGAGAAGUCGCUCUCCCAAACCCAACAACAGCUUUCAGAACGGGAACAGCAAUUAGUGGAAAAGUCAAAUGAGCUGCUGGCUCUCCAGAAAGAGACAGAUUCUAUGAGGGCAGACUUCAGCCUCUUGCGGAACCAGUUCUUGACCGAGAGGAAGAAAUCUGAGAAACAGGUUCUCGGCCUGAAGGAAGCGCUUAAGGUCCAGCGGAGCCAGCUGGAGAGGAAUCUCCUCGAGCAAAAGCAGGAGAACAGCUGCAUGCAGAAGGAAAUGGCAACAAUCGAACAGGUGGCCCAGGACAACCACGAACGGGCCAGGCGCCUGAUGAAGGAGCUCCACCAGAUGCAGCACGAGUACACGGAGCUCAAGAAACAGAUGGCAAACCAAAACGACUUGGAGAGAAGACAAAUGGAAAUCAGUGAAGCAAUGAGGACGCUGAAAUCUGAGGUGAAAGAUGAAAUCAGAACCAGCCUAAAGAAUCUUAAUCAGUUUCUUCCAGAACUACCCCCAGAUCUGGAAGCUGUUUUGGAAAGGAAUGAAAACCUAGGAGGAGGGUUGGAAAGCUUGAAAGAGAACUUUCCAUUCACCAUGAGUGAGAGACCAUCACCUUUUGAAGAAAAACCUAAUUUUUCCCAAGUUCACAUAAUGGAUGAACACUGGCGGGGAGAAGCACUGCGAGAAAAACUGCGCCACCGAGAGGACCGACUCAAGGCCCAGCUUCGACGCUGCAUGUCCAAGCAAGCGGAAGUGUUAAUCAAAGGGAAGCAGCAGACAGAGGGCACCUUACACAGCUUGAGGAGACAAGUCGAUGCGUUAGGGGAACUGGUCACCAGCACGUCCGUAGAUUCCACGUCACCCAACAUGUCUCAGCUGGAAUCUUCCUCUCUCACAGAGGACUGUCAGCUCGGACCAAGCCAGAGCUCCUUCCACCAAGUUCUACAAGGUCCGUCAAAAUCAGGAAACAGUUACCGACACUGAUGCCAUUCCCAGCUUUCUGCUCACAGGGUACCUGUUGCAAAUAGUUCUUAACCAGCACUUUCAGUUGGAAGAUCUUGAACUGUAGUUUAUCAUCGUCUUAGGAAAAGUAUCUUUUAACUUUUUUCUCAGAUAAUUUUAUAGUGGUUCAUCUUAAAACACUUUCCCAAAGAGAGAGAAAAAAAUGGUUCAGCCAGAUGAGGAAUACUGUCUUACAUAAAUAUGAGGAAAGACCUUCUCCACUACCUCAUGAACUUCAUAGUUGGGAUGCCAUUUGGUUCAUCAAGAUCCAGUGAUUUCAGAUGCUGAAACUCCACUGUGGUUUAUCUCACUUGGACCAUUAAGGCCAGGGUUUUUUUGUAAAUCAUUUGUACAUAUGGGAAUAGCUAUAUACAAUUUAAACCAGGGUACUAGAUGGCUGAGCAUUUUUUUAAAUCUUUGAAAUGUUUUUAUAAAACCAAUGAUGAAUGUAACUGCAAAUUUGAAUCUAUAAACUGUUAAACUCUGUAGUUACAAAGAAAAAAUAUACAUACGUAGGCCCCUCUUCAUUUUUAAGUGUCAAGUUAUUUUUGGAUUUGCUUAAAAUCUAUUUUCGUAUGAAUAAAAGGUAAAAUAAAUUUGAGGCUGCCUUCUGACUUUACAUUUCAGAGAUCUACAGUAAAGCCAUCAUAUUAUUACCAUAAUUCUAAGAAAUGACAAUCUUUCAAAUGGUUUUCCAUCUUUUGGCUGGAGGUUGAAGUAUGUUAUACCUAUCAAUAUAUUUCAUCUUAGGAAAUAUCUAUUAUAAAACUAUUACAUUUCAGGUGCUUUCCUCAAUCAAAACUAUUUGAUGGAAAAAGAAUUUUGUACUUGAGAGAAUCUGAUCCAAUGGUAAGUUCAAAUUAUGUUUAGACUUUUACAAUUUUACAUUCCUGUAAUUAAUGGCUUAACUCCUGGUCUGUAAAUAUAUUAUUUUUCUAAACACAAGAGUAGCAACUACUGUCAAAAUUAAAUGUGUGGCAACAGAAUUACUCCCAUGGGAUAGGUGAAGUAUGAGAUUACAUGGAACAGACAGGCUUUAAACUGUUCCAAGGACUUUUCUAGGCCCCCAGGCAGCCUGACCCAUAAUGCAUAGUGUGCUAUGUUAACCACAAUACAGAACAGCAGUGUAGCAGUCCCUUACCACUUACUGAGGCUAUAUUCCUACAGAGUUGUUUGGCUACAACUGUCCCAUUAAGAUAUGGGAUAUAGUUACAAGACAAUGAAAGUAAUACAAAAUUUACUAGUACAGAGUAAAUUCUAGAAGGCAUCUAAUUCCAAAACAAAAAUUUGGUAGAAUUUUUGUAUUUACAUUAUUCUGUUUCAUUUUCACAAGUCUUUAGAAAAAUGCUUGUAAAAUCCUGGCCUCUUCAGUUACUGAAAUCCUUCAGGGACAUAUUUUCUUGUUCUAUCCAAGUGCUCAAUGUGAAGGUAAAACAUCUUUCUAAACUGCCACAUGAACACUGUAUAUUCCCAAAUAAACAGGAGUGGAAGGUGAUCAUUAGGUGUUCUGUUUAAGGGUAAUGAAGUCAACCUCACACGCAAAAAAAUCAUACUUAAAACAACAGAUGGGGGGGAUGGAGAAAGGUUCUUAAAACUUUUAAGUCUUCUGGAAUGAAAGAGGUGAGGUAAUGUGUAUGAAGCCAAAUACCUGGUUCAAAAGACCUUUUUCCAAAGAAACUUUACUACCUCUAAUAUUAUGUGAACAUCAUCAACCCCCCCCAAAUCAAGCAUUUUAUUAUCCAUGGAAAAUACUCGAACAUUAUGGAAUGUCUAAUGCAUAAAAAGUACUAAGCACCUAUUAGUCAGGAGGGCCUCUCUUAAUAGGUACAAGGGCUAUGAGUAACCCAGAGAAGCAUGUGACCACACAAGUAAUAUGUUCUCAUGGAUUAAAAAUUAAAAGAAUUUCACAGUCUCCCCAAAGUGCACUUGCCCAGUGUUGGGCACAUGAAUGCUACAAUGACAAUUUGCUCCUCUAUUUUUGAGCACCCAAGUUUAUUACAGGGGAUUACACAUGCAAAGAUCAGAAUUUGGCCCCAAAUACAGUCAAGGGAGAACAUCAGGCACCAGGUAUGCUGAACCCACACUGAAAAAGGCUAGCUGAAAACACUGCAAGUAUGAUAGGAACACAA